AGGUGUUGCCACAUUGAGAAACGAACAGAGGCAGCAUUGAGCUUCAGCCACUGAGCUCUUGCCCAUCGUCAGUGUUCCUCUUGCAGGGUAAGAUGGCGCAAGCUGUUAAUCGAAACACAGCUGAGAUCGAUUAUGUGAAUCAACCCGGUUCGUCCACUAAUAGCCUUCCCGAAUUAGAGACCAGGGGAAAUCGCGCUGAAUCGGGCACUAGGUUGCUCAGACUGGUCGCUGUUGGAGUCGGAGUUCUUUGCAUCCUACAAGUUGCUCUCAAUGUUUCCCUUCGUCUGGCUCUCUACAAACCUCAGCCCGCGCCAGAUGAGGUGAUUUGCGUUAACAAGACUGAGGACGUGUGCAAGCUGAAGCAAGAGACCAGGCAGUAUCUCCAGAAGGGAUGGCUGUAUUUCCGCGACAGUUUUUAUUUCAUAUCGUCCGUCCAGAAGACUUGGGCCGAGAGCCGGACGGACUGCCAGCAGGAGGACGCCGACCUGGUGAUCAUAAACAGCAGAGAGGAACAGAUCUUUAUCACACAGCUUGCCAGGGACAGGUUGACCUGGAUCGGACUGCAGGAGGUAGCUGGGACAGAACAGUGGAUAUGGGUGAAUGAAGUUCCACUGACAGACAGCUACUGGGGCCCCGGCGAGCCAAACAAGUUGGCAAAAGAAGUCUGUGUGGAGAUGAGGUUCUUCGAAAAUGAAAACAGCUGGAACGAUAUGCCCUGUAGCACUGAAAACUUUUGGAUUUGUGAAAAAGAAACGAUCGUGACUGAAGAAGACAGUUGUUUUCUAGUGUUAUGCAAGAAAAGCAGUUUGUUGCCGGUUGUCUCACGGCGGCGCUCUGAAGGUAAGAUGCCAGGAGUUGUCCGCAGAGAGCCAGCAGAGUUCAGCAUGGACUACGUGAAUCUGCCUGAGCCUGCAGUUACAACGGCUGCUGGAGGAGUAGACCAAGGGAACCGUCCUGCACCAGGGACAAAGCUACUCAGACUGGUUGGAGUCAGCUUUGGACUCCUUUGCCUCCUACAAGCUGCUGUCAACGUCUCUCUCCGCCUGACACUGUUCAAACCUGACGGUCAGACAUCAACAACUUGCAGAAAUGAAACUGACAAGAAGAGUCAGCUGAUCGAGCGGUACAUCCAGCAGGGAUGGGUGCGUUUCCAGUCCAGUGUGUACUACAUCUCUUUCGCCAGGAGCACGUGGCUGCGGAGCAGACAGUUUUGUCGGCGCCAAGGCGCUGACCUGGUGAUUAUAAACACCAAAGAAGAACAGGACUUCACAAGACAGUUUAACAGACUCACGUGGCUCGGACUCCAUAAUGACACCAAGACGAGGAAGUGGACAUGGGUGGAUGGGACUGAGCUGACCAAAAACUACUGGGGGCCUGAAGAGCCAAACGGUUUCGAAGGCAAAAUUGAAAACUGUGUGGAGAUAAGGUUCUUUGAGCUGGAAAACAGCUGGAAUGACAUACCGUGUGAAGACCAAAACUACUGGAUCUGUGAGAAAAACGUGGCUCCGUAAAUAAAACCCAAACCGAGUCGAGGGAAGUUCAAACGAACCUGAAGUCUUAACUUGGAACCGGGAAUGAAAAGCCGGAGUCCCGGUUUUAAUCAUUUGGAAAAGGAGCCUGUUGGGUUUUGGAUUGGAAGCAGGGUCUCGUUUGAUUUAUGCAGAACAUUGUUUUGAAAGUGAAGGCGAUCGCUUCAUAGCAACGAUUUUAUUUUUGGUAAAUGCUGUGAAUAAUGAUGGAGUAAACAAUGACCGAAAGUAAAGCUUUCGGUUUUAGUGAAAUCUUGUCAGUUUGUUCACCAACAGGUUAUAAAAUGAUCAGAAAAUAUAAAGAGCGUUUAUUUCGAAAGCUGUGUCAUAGUUACUGCAUCUCAAACUUACACAUCCUACUGAUCGCAAAUCAACCAUUAAUGUUUUUCCUCUCACAUCUGUUGUUCAGCAGCUAAUUUAUUAUUACAAAUUAUUCUAAUGCAUUUUUUUAUAUUAACACAACAUUUGUGCUUUUGGGCUUGUUAUUGCUUUAUAUAUAUAUAUUUGUUUGUACAACUUCCACUAUCUUCUAUUAUUCUUGCAAUAAAAGAAUGAAAGUCAAUCUAAAUUCUCCAGGUAAUUAACACAUUAACAUGAAGUAAACAUGGUUUUGUGCUUUAUUUAUUUAUUCUUUUCAUUAUUCUAAGAAAGAAAAAUUGUUGUGACAGCCGAAUAAAAACCUCAUUUUAUUUGCAUGUUAAGACAAAUACGCAGAAAGUCUCUGUGGAUAAUCACAUUUGAAGCUCCAGACACCGGAUUUCUGUGCACAUUCCUUGUUCUAAGGGCUCGUUCAGCUCAGACAGAAUUUUGGGUUUUUUCGUUUAAUAGUUUUGAUGAUUUGUUCUGUGUUUGCCUCAGCUGGGCCUUUUUUUCGAUCAAAUCAGCCUCGUUUUGGUUUUGAUUUAAUUCAGUCUGGUUAUUUUAGUUUUAUUAUGUCUAUUACUUAUUAUCUGAUCUGUAUUUCACUCAUGUUUUCUGAUGUCCUGUUGUGUUUUGCUCCUCGUUGCUUCCUUGUAUCAUCUCUCGCCUCCCAAAUCAGUUGCCUGGGGUGACAACAGAGGAAGAGGAGCACAAGCACCAGAUGAAAAACUAUCUGCUCUGUCAGCUGCUACUUAAGUUUACUUCUGUUUUCAUGCUUGUGAGGUUAAUGAGGAGUUAGCGCCCCCUGCUGUCUUCUUAGCAUAAAGAGAUUACUUGGUGUGGAAACACACUGGCCUGCACAGAAACCAGCAAGUCUAAUAAUUAUAAGGCAAAUACAAGACAAUGGUUUCAAAAAUUUUGCGCUGUUAAAUAGAAAUGUGACAAUGUAACUUUAACAGUGCCAGCUGUUAAACUUAAAUGUUCUACUUAUGGCAUUAACUUGGCAAAAUAUUACCAGUUCCCACAUCAGUAUGUGUAUAUACAGCAA